AAUUCUAAGUUAUAUUCUCUUAUAAAAUAAUGCUAUUGGAAAAAUUUACGAUAGUGAAAUUAAAAUCCAUCCAUGCAUUCAACUAGAAACUCACAAAUUAUUAAAAAAUGUAGUUUGUGAGAACAGAUGAAAUGGAUUUAGUAAAUAGGAUUAAUAUUGUAUUGAUUUUAUUAGUUUUUAAAGAAAUUAUUGGUUCUAAUGAAGCGCAAGGUCUAUCGGAUACCAUAAUUAACGAGUUAUAUAAAAAAUACAAGGAAGCAUGUACACGAGAUGGAGAUUUCGUCAUACUAAGACGUCAAUUCGAUCAGAAUCAACUAUUUGAAAUACACGUUAAAAAGUUAAAAGAAGUGAAUGGAUACAAACUGCAUAAUCUAAUGAUCAAAGGGAAAGUAAGGUCUGGGAGUCCCUUUAUUUACAUAAAUAAUCCAGUUGAAUCAAAAAUGCCUAACGCCUAUUUGACUUUGGAAGAAUUUAAGGAGGCAUUAACUAAGAGGGUUCAGAAGCAUAAAAAAACAACAUUGAAUUUUAUUGACGUAUUUUUCACAACUAAAAAACCUAAGAUUCACUUUCACAUGAACUCUUCAACAAUAUUAAAGAAUGCAACAAAUGUUGUGAAGGACACAAAGAAUUUAAUAAGGCCAUCCUUAAAAUCAUCAUUUAAAGAGGAAAAUGUUAGCAAUUCAAUUACUUCAACUAAACCCGCAACGCCUGAGAAGUUGUUGGAAACUACAAAUAUUUUGAACUCUUCUACAACUGCAAAUAAACCAGAUUCGUCUACGGACGAAACAACCAAAAGUACUUUAAAAACGAGUGUUACAACAGUAAAAAUAGAAGAUUUAAUGUUUUUGCGAACAUUACCAAUGAACUACACUUAUACUGAAAUAGAAAAUUAUAGCAAUAUGUCUGUAAGUUCAAAGGCAUACAAAAACAACACUGUAAUCCCUAUAAAUAUGACUACUCCAAUCAUAGAGGCACAAAUAAAUGAUACAAAACAUAAAAAUGUUUCACACCUACUCAAAGAACAGCAGAAAUUAAACAAAAAUGUUGUAAAAUCAGUUGGUUCUGUACCGAUUAAUACAACAAACCUUAAAGACAAGGGAGUUAUGAGUUAUUCUAAUAAGACAAAUGAAAAGCAAAUGAAAGAUGUAGUAAAUAUGACAAAAGACUAUCCCAGUACGAAAAUUGAAAGAAAUGGAACCUAUAACCUCAAUGUCACUAUUUUAACAAGUCCAGAGAUAGAUACAAAAUCAUUACCGAGUGCAAGUUCUAUCAUAAAUUCAACGAGUGCAAGUAAACUUCCUAAUGUCACUGUUACACAUAAUAUGCCAUUAUUAUUUGAUACACAUAAAUCAAACGAUAUAACAAUAGAAGUUCUUAGUACAAAUUACACUCAAGUAUUUCAAAACCAUAGAGACCUGACUACCGAACAAACAAUAAUAACAAAACUAUUGAAACCUAAGAUAAAUAACGAAAAUAACACAGAAAAUACAAAAAUAGAUACAUUCAUCACAGUUGCGACUAAAGGAAUUACAAAAGUAAUAAAUGAAAGUAUUACUUUUACUAACGACGCUACAGAAUUGACUGCGAAAAGCAGUAAUUUAAUUACGUCCACAAACACGAGUACUACGGAAACCUCAAAGAGGGUACCGAAACGAAAAGUCACCACAGAAACUUCUACUAUAAGAACGCCGUGGCGUAGGAGAACGUCAAUGAGGUCUACCACAAAAAGUACGACCAACACCAAAAGGUCAACGUUGGGAAGACCACUGGUGUUUAUGGGAGGGCCCUGAUUUAGAGAAGUAUUACAUGAUUAUUUAUGUUCUUACCUUAUAGAACUUUGAGAGAAAAAAAUCCUAGUUAUUGCCCUUGCAAUAACUGUUGUAAUUUUUAACUGCUAUACAUUUCACUAUAAGCAACACUAAAACCGGGCGUAUCAAAAUCGUGUUCCCGCCAAACAAAUGUUAAAGUGUCAAACGCGCGAACAUUGUACUUCUGCUACAGAAUAAAGGCGGCACUUCACUGAUUACAAAACACAAUCUCACGUGGAACUAUGACCCUGCCGUCCGCUUAUACCUUUAUAGAAAUGAAGGGCUGAUGUUGAGAUAGCUCUAUUUGGUGGAGCCAUAAGUGAAAGAGACGACAGCACUCCUUUAACUCCUAUUGUCGAGCGCUCAGUACUUAGACUGCUCACUUGCGCGAAAAGGACGCUUGUAUUUUUAGAAGGUUUCUGUUUUAUUUGCGCCCCGCCCAUUUCUCUUUUAUUCCCAAGUGGUGGGGCGAAGUUGGACAGUUUUAAAUUAUCUAUUAUAAUAAAAUUAUUUUGUGAAAUAAGGGGUUGGUUUUGUUAA